AUGAUACAGUCAAACGAACACAUCACCAUUUACUUUGCAUUAAUGAUCGUAUUCACGUCACUACACACGGGAAACGGACAAUAUAAACCUGCAUAUCUGGAAACAAAUAUGGUUGAAAACAAUGCAAGAACAAAUACUUUCCGCGUAAUUCAAGAACAGACGACAGCCAUGGCCUUCGAAUGGAAAACAAUGACGCAUGAAAAUUUUGGUUAUGUCUAUUUGCUUCAAGACAUACCCUAUGGGAUUGAUAGAACAGUGAAAGUAUACGAAGGCAAUAUAGGUUUAUUAGAAGCUAUUGGCGAACCAUGUGAACAUUCAAAAUAUCGUGCCGAGGGCUACACCAAUAACUUAUUUCCGUUUAAUUUCGACACCGUUGGCUUGGCAUACAAAAGAGUUCCGAGAAUCAAUAAUGUUCAAAUUCAGUUGAGGUCAAAUCUGUAUUCACACGUGAAGUGGGAAACAGAAAGAACAGCCUGUGAACCAACUGAUUCCAUCAUUAUAUUCAGAGGAUAUUCGAACCAAUCACUAAAGAUGUAUACCAUCACGAACAACCAAAUUGAGUACUAUUCGGAUGAAUUCAAAACAGAAGAAGGAAUGGAAGAAGUGUUCAUUGUGUUCAGCAAACAUGGAAACCGUUUCUCUCUACCGACGAUGGAUAAAAAACCAGUGUGGAAAGGGAACAAAGAACAAUCAACAAACCAAACAAAACCAUCGAAUAUUACAGUAUCAUCAUUUCUAGAAAAUAUCAGUACUUCAAGUGAGUAG